GUUGCGCCCCCCAACGGGCAGCGCUUUCAUUCUUAUCGCUUCGGCUGCCAUUCUGUUCGUCUGCUCCCGCUAGUUUUUAUGCACGUGCACGUUCUUUUCACAUGCUCUGCAGUUAGUUUCUUUCUGUGUCCGCGAAGGUUUCGGCAAUGUCGCAAAAACUGAGGAAAGGACGCAAGGCGUGCUGCAAGGCGGUGUGGUGGGGUGUCUCGGGGAGGCAGAGCAGGGCGAAAUGUUUUCCUCACCCAGCGGACCAAAGAUGUGACAUAUGACGAAAUUACGCUAAAUGAGGAGUUCUGGCGGGAUUGACAUGUGAGCAAACGUGCAACGGCUACCGCUUCUGCUCGGGCCACUUCACAGAGAGGGGCUAUACGCUAACCCAGACAAAAGAAGACUUGUGCCGAUUGCUGGAGUGGAGGAGUGGUCCCUGCUCGAUGAAGGUUCUACACCGGCGCAGAGAGGCGGAAAUGUACUCACCAGAGGCCGCAGGUGUCAGCCACUAGCUGAGGAAUGAUACACAAAGGCCAGGAACCGAAGGUUGAUGCUGGAGGACGGGAGGACUGAGCAGGCCGGACGCUUGGAGCUCUUCGCUGCCGAAAAAACCACCGAGGAAGAAGCGGACGUUCCGACAACGACCGUCCUACCGUAGCAUAAGCGCCGCCUGUCGUAGCCACGGGCGGAGCUUUCGUUCGAACAUGCAGCGUCAUCGCCACUUGACACUUUUCUUGCCAUGGUCACGACGCACUUCAUCCGCUGCUCCAUCGCAUGUCCGUGCAUAUGCGCACGGAAGCCUCAAUGCAGGAGGGCCAUUAAACGCUGUAUUCGUCGUAUUCUAGUGCAACCGGAACGUGAUAGCCUAUCCGCAGCUGCACAUACAAAGGGGCAACAUAAGCACAUGUGAACUAGUAGCAGUAGUUAAGUAGGUCGAGUACUAGUACUAAGUCGAGCAGCUAUUCCAAUAAGGUCUAAAAAUUUUCGAUAUUUCCUAAAACAGGGUCCCCGUAAACAAGAAAAUGCCGCGAACAUGCGCUAGAAACGACACCACCACCACUGUUGAAAAACCAAUCAUCAAGUUUGAAGACCAAUAUGCUAAGCAGCAAAGGACCGUUUACGCAAGACGUUGACGGCGAUCUGUACAACAUUCACUUCAACCCGGACACGAUUCGCGAAGCCCUCGCUUUCAAGCCCCGCCCAGGUGACGUCGUUCAGAUGAGCUACUCGUCUUCUGGAACCCACUGGAUGCAGCACGUGACACAACUCAUCGUUUACAAGGGCAACAGCGCCAACUCGUACGACGAAUUCCGUGAAAGGUCUCUGCUUCUCGAGCAUCUUGGCAAACGAGUGGACGUAGUGACGUCAACGCCGCGGCUCAUCCUGACGCACAUCCGUCCAGGAAAGCUUGCAACCAUUGCGGAGGCUAAGUACGUCUACGUCGCUCGGAACCCGUGGGACGUUUGCUGCUCAUCGUACGGUGGCGCCAUGAAGAUACGUGAACUGAGUGAGCGGGUGGCCUUUGACGACUACGUGUCGAUGUUUCUUGACGGGCGCGUCGGUGUUGGCCCGUACUUUGAGCACGUGCAUGCUGGCUACGUGAGAAGAAUGGACCCGAACUUUUUCUUUGUGACAUACGAAGAGAUGGUGACGGACUGCGAGGGCGUUGCCCUGCGGCUGGCGGACUUUUUGGAUAGCGACUACGGUGAAUCGCUUCGCACAAAUCCGGAACUCCUGAGCGAUGUCGUCAGGAAGUGUAGCGCCUCCUAUAUGAGCACUCUCUUAAGUAUUCCAAAGGAGGAGUUUAUUAAGCUUGUGUUCAAGAACCCGAUUCUCUCACAGGAGACUGCUUUGAGAAGGACGAAAGACACGGAAGAGACUGUGUCCGUGGUUAGGAAGGCGAAAAUCGGGAACUGGAGAGACGCAUUCAGUAAGGCCGCGCUAAGAAUGACAUUGGAAAAGAUAAACACAUCUCCGCAGGCGGCAUUCGUGCAGGAGCUGUGGAAAGAUAUAUAUGACGAAGUUGUCAGCUCAGCUAUGUAGGCAACAACUGUAAGUAAAGCUUUGACUUGUAACGGAACGCAUAACUCCAGACAUGGAAAUAUGGGAUUACUUUCAAUUAAACUGCGGCUACUUAAUUGUGUGAUCCUCGUUCAAAUGUAUACCCGCACUAUGUAGAAUACAAGAAGCACGGUAAUAGCAUACUCAAGAGGGCACCUAGCAGAAGAGUUUGUUCGCAUCACCACGAAUGGAUGUAACAUAUUACAGCCCAUGGGGAAUGAAAUAAACAAUAUAGAGCGGUGACCGC